AAUUUGUAAGAACGGAUGUUCGAAGAAUACACUUCAAUUUCUGCAGCGAUGCGCUUUCCCAAAGUCCCUCCCACCAGCAAAAUGACGGCUGCAUUCUUGCACAGUACUUAUCACAACGGUCGUUCUCUUGCAACCGCCAAGGGUGGGCCCAAGCUCAUUGUGGGUCAUUCGCGUCGGGACGUCGCUACGGCUGCCGAACGUGCUUCGACCGAAAGAUCUCUUACCCGAAGUGCUCGAGGACAAAGGGCCGUCCAGUUGCUACCCACAUAUCUAGCCGACGCAAGAUCUGUCGAGAAAUACUCACCACAAUAUCCUAAUGGUGCCCUCCAGCUAGGCGUGGCCGAGUCGCAGAUGUUGGAAGACUGGCUCGUUCCUGCUCUCAACAUUGAUUUGAAGGUAUCUCCCGACUGUAUCUACUACCAACCAACCCCCGGGAGGCAAGGUUUUCGUACUGCAAUGGCAUCUUAUAUGGAGGAUAUGCUCGAUUUGGACAAAGGCCGCAUCGACACCGAAGGCCUUGUCGUCGGCGCCGGAUGUAACGCCGUUUUGGAAAAUCUCUGCAUUUGCUUGGCUGAAGCAGGCGAUGCUGUUUUAAUUCCGACGCCUUAUUACGCCGCGUUUGAGUUUGAUCUCGUGGCCCGCGCUGAUCUUUAUGUACAGGCUGUAACGACCCGAGACCAUCAUCCUGAAGUUACUAGCUCGGAUGAUCCAGCGAUAUACUAUCCUAGCGAAGCCUCUUUGGAUGCUGCUUUUGAAAAGGCCCUCAUUGCAGGACACGCUCCGCGUAUUCUUCUUAUCAGCCAUCCUCAGAAUCCGUUGGGCAUCUGCUACCCUCCGGAAGUUAUGAAAAUUUGCAUCAAUUGGUGCCGGUCUCGACGUGUACACUUAAUUUCUGAUGAAAUAUACGCCGGUUCCAUAUAUCGUCCGGAACUAGCCGGUUUUUCUUCUGCUCUAAAGCUGGCCGACACCCAACGGGGCCUUGGGCCCUACGUCCACUGGGUAUAUGCUCUUUCGAAAGAUUUUGCCCUUUCCGGGCUCCGAGUUGGUGCCGUUUAUUCCGAGAAUUUGGAGAUUCGUACUCCCAUGCAAAAACUCAACGACCUUUGCCAGAUUUCGUCUACAACACAGUUAUGGACCGAGACUAUUUUAAAUCGCGUGGAUGCGAAAGGGAAUUCCUGGGUACAUUCAUUUCGGAAAGAGAAUCACCGUCGAUUAGAAGCUCGCAUUGAAGCACUCACUUCAGUCCUUGACGAGGUCAGCAUUCCGUACCUCGCUCCCACUGCGGGUCUAUUUGUGUGGAUUAACAUGUCUCAAUUUUUGACGGAAGACAGUAAUCUGACAGAUUCAGAACGUGAGAGGAAGCUUUAUUUAAGCUUAGUGCAAGAGUUUGGCAUCUUAUUGACACCGGGUGAUUCAACUCGGAACGAGCACCCCGGGUACUUCCGCUGCGUUUUUACGGCUGCGUCAGAUGAAGAGUUCGAGCUCAGUCUGAUUCGCUUCCGCGCUUUCGCCAAUGCGCGGCGGUAAAUAGGGUUUACUGUUAGCUCUUCGGUUGUUGCUCGGUGUACACUACUUGAUCAACGAGGAUUCCGACAAUUGCAGUCGCUUUCCUAAGCAGCAGAGUUUUACAAGUAAACUAACUAGGUGAACUGAUUACCUUAGCUUC